UCAGGUACCGGAUCAUCUGGAUCAACAGCCGGCAUCGAGUCAACAGGCCUAAUAGGAUCAUCAGGCUGGAUCAGUUCAUUAUGCUGGGUAGAGGCAUCAGGCUGAGUAGGGGCAUCAGGCUGAGUAGAGGCCAGGCUGAACCACGGAAGGCAGGUUCUCCGGUUUGGAUACUGGCAGGAUGGUACUGGUUGGAAAGAAUUUUCGCUUUUUUCUGGUUUUAACUACUGGAGCACUGCAAGUAAAUGCAGGUCUGCAAACGAAUGGAGCAGCUGGAGACAGAGAAGAGCUGGAGGAUGGAACAGUUGCUACAGAGGGCUUUGUUACAGGGUUAAAGGCAGGAUAGGUGCAGCGAGUGGGAACAG